ACGUUAUUGCCGCAUAAAAGUUUAUUUUUGAUUCUCAUUUCACAUUCCAGUGUAGAAAGGUAAUAAAAAAGCCCACUGUACGGUUUUCAUGACGAUUUAUAAUUCUAGGAACUUGAUAUAUGGAUCGCAUAGUAGGAAGAGUGACCAGACUUAGAGGUGAAUUCUAUAAAAGUGUCCGAUUUUAAAUACCCACCACUGUAUACUUUUUUUUACGUUUGGUAUAAAAUGGUAUGUUUUUGUUGCUUCUUCCAUAAACAUUUAUUGACACCGUAUGACUUACGCAUGACGCUAAGUUUUGCAGAGCGAGUGAGACAUGUUAGAAAAUAAAAAAAAGGUUAUUUUACCGCAUGACGUCUUAUACAUGUUUGAGAUGUAUAAAAAUGAGGUUAGAAAUCAAGCAUUUCACUUUUAAAAACAUAGAUAAGGGUGUUAGCCGAGACUAUGCAUUACACGAUCCUCUUAACAACAGUCAUAUAUUGCCAGUCUUUAGCUUUAAUCUGAAGUUUCCUAUCAGGCCAUAACAACCCUGACAUUCUCGCAGAGUUUUUUUUACCCUUUGCAAUAGUGCAAGACGAGGGCGAGAUCAUCAUUUAAUCUGAUUAUUUCUGACGCGCUGCGAUUUGUAAAUAGCUACAAAUGAGCUUAUAAGUUUCACCGCCGAACAACGCGAAUCAUUCAAGAGAAUUGUGUCUCACAUGCUACACCGAUCUUCUGGUGGACUGCAUUUGAAUACGAUUUGCAAUUUAGAUCGAUUCAUUCACAUUCUGUUUUUUAUUAAAAGUUUAACUUUUUCGAAACUUUAGCAACAAUGAACAAACAUCCAUCAGUAAAUAUUCAUAUUGUUUUGGUUUUAAAAAGCAAAUUGCAUGGCUGGAAAUGCAAAACUAUUGCAUGAGACCUUGUGGGAUCAAGAUCCGGAGCUUAUGGAUUUGAUAAGAAAGGAAAAGACGCGUCAGAUCAGAGGUUUAGAGAUGAUUGCAAGCGAAAACUUUACUUCUCUCUCUGUGCUGCAGUGUCUCAGCUCCUGUUUGCAUAACAAAUAUUCAGAAGGUUUGCCUGGCCAACGUUACUAUGGAGGUAAUGAAUUUAUUGACCAAAUAGAGCUUUUGGCUCAAAAGCGUGCCCUCGAAGCUUAUCGGUUAAGCCCCGAGGAAUGGGGUUGCAACGUUCAACCGUAUUCUGGUUCACCAGCAAAUUUUGCUGUGUACACUGCUCUUAUUGAACCGCACGGACGUAUCAUGGGCCUUGAUCUACCCGACGGUGGUCAUUUAACCCACGGUUUCAUGACUCAAACGAAAAAAAUAUCUGCUACAUCAAUCUUCUUCGAAAGCAUGCCAUAUAAAGUCGAUCCAGUUACUGGGUUGAUCGAUUACGACAAGAUGGAGGAGACAGCGCGCCUCUUCAAACCGAAAGUUAUUAUUGCUGGUAUUUCGUGCUACUCGCGUUGUCUGGACUACAAAAGGUUCCGGGAAAUUGCCAACCAAAAUGGUGCAUAUUUGUUCGCAGAUAUGGCACAUAUUUCUGGGCUAGUUGCGGCCGGAGUGAUUCCGUCACCAUUCGAAUAUGCGGAUGUUGUUAGUACCACAACGCAUAAGACAUUACGUGGCCCCCGUGCAGGAGUAAUCUUCUUCCGGAAAGGCGUGCGCACAGUGAAGGCAAACGGCGAAAAGGUAAUGUAUGAUUUGGAAUCACGUAUCAAUCAGGCCGUGUUCCCUGGCCUGCAAGGUGGUCCGCACAAUCAUGCUAUCGCAGGUAUCGCCACCUGCAUGUUGCAAGCGCAAAGCCCAGAAUUCCGCGCCUACCAGGAACAGGUGAUAAAAAACGCACGCGCCCUUUGUGCCGGACUGCUUGAGAAAGGAUAUUCUGUAGCGACGGGUGGUACAGAUGUGCAUUUGGUGUUGGUAGAUUUACGCCCAGUUGCUAUUACGGGUGCCCGUGCCGAGUACAUCUUAGAGGAAAUCUCCAUAGCAUGCAACAAAAAUACUGUUCCAGGUGAUAAAUCUGCCUUAAAUCCAUCUGGCAUUCGGCUAGGAACUCCGGCACUUACGACGCGCGGUCUACUUGAGAAAGAUAUGCAACAGGUAGUGGAAUUUAUCGAUCGUGGAUUACGUCUAUCGAAGGAAAUUGCCAACGUCUCUGGUCCGAAACUGUCUGACUUUAAGCGUAUAUUACACGAAGACUCCACGUUUAGUGAAAAAGUGAACAAUCUGCGCAAGGAAGUGGAACAGUACAGUGAACAAUUCCCUCUGCCUGGUUAUGCAGACUUCUAACACAAAAUUUCAAUAAAAACUUUAUAAGAUUAAAAAAAAAA